UCGUGUUGAGGCAUCAUAUUGGAACAGAAUAGAGCAACCCUUUUGUUAUUUAUACUGCUUAGAAGAUGGGAGAUUCAAAUAGCAGAAUCGUAAAUGUUCUGGCACUGAUAUUAUUAGUCACUCGACCGUCUUUCACAAAAGAAGAAGGAAAAUCUAGACAGAAAAGGUUACUCUGGAUAACGCAAGAUGGAAGGCUGGCCUUACCACCCGGUACGACGUUGGUUAUAUCGCCAUCUCUGUCGCUGCCGUUCGUGAGGUAUCCUCCUGAAGGUUUCUUCUCUAAUCUCACCAUCAGUUUACCUUUUACGAUUGAUUUCAACAAACUGGGCCUGACGGACAACGAGAAUCCGUACGGAGUUUUGCCGCCGCUCCUUGCGCGCUCAAUGGGCCGAGCCGCUGGCGGAAUUCUUGCCGAUUAUAUCGGUGACAUGUUGGAACGUCGACGGACGAAACGCUCAUCCGAGUCACCGUCUCAUCCUCAUAAGAACGCUUUCCACGGAGGUGAGAGGGCCUUACUGUAUAUAAUGGUGGAGGAGUUGCUGGAGAACUUUGGAAUGGACGGUAGAGCCUGCCUUCUGAGAGCCAUUUGCGAGGUUCACGCUCAUCCCCUGAGGGAUUUCGGAUUAGUGGGGGAAAUGCUGAAACUAUUUCUCAGCGCAAGUAAAUCACCAUAUGCUGAAAUGCUUAAGGAAUACGUUGAAGCCGAAAAUGCAGGCAGCGGUAAACUGGGAGGACCUGCUGAGUGCUGGCCUUAUAUGAAGGACUGUCCAAAAUCGUUGUUUUUACGAAAACAUAAUCAUUACAAUGAUAUGGCGGAAAAUGAAAUACAGGACAUGGAACCAACAGAUGAUGAACUUAAACACUCGAAAGUUACCUACAAUCCAUCUGUAACGAAUAUGUAGGUGAUGCAGCAUAGUGCGCUUACAUAUAGUCAAUCGAUAAAAUAGAGUGAUACUUAAUUAAAACGGGUGUGAUCAAAACUAAGUCAAUGAUUGAUUUUUGUUGGGACAAAUAAAACAAAUUUGCUCAAAUGUACAUAGUUUAUUUAUAUAUUAGAGAGCAUUAUGUCAUGAUAAAAAUACAAUUGUUCUUAUUAAUGGAGAUGUAAUAUAAAUUAUUGCUAGAUGAACAAGUGAUUUAUUUUCAACAAAAAUAACGUAAUUGGAGAGCUGCAAAAAAACUCGAAAUCAGUUGGCCAAAUGUAUGCCUAAUUUUUUUGCAAUUCUGGUAAAUUUCAGAAGAGGUUUUCUUAAAUUUUCCCUACAAUAAAUUGAUGAAUUCAAAUUCAAGCAUUUUGCUGUCCUAUUAAAAAUAAGGUUACUGUAUGAAUGGAGGUUGACCGAUAUUACUGAAAAACACUUUUAAUCAAUCUUUCCUCCAUACAGUAUUCAAACUCAUCACUUUAUGUGUACAAAAAAUAUUUCAAUGAUUUCUCUACGAACUUUUAUCUAUUGGUGGCUCAUUCAAUACAUAUUGACAUACAUCGUUAGUUGAGGGUUGACUAAUUUAUGAAUGAAAAUUCAGAUCUGAAUAGUUUAUUUGAAUACUAGAUAAAUAGUCAUAUUAUUCGCAAUUAGUCUU